UGUGCCGGGAACCCCCUUACAAGGUGGAAGAAUCGGGCUACGCUGGCUUCAUACUUCCCAUCGAAGUCUACUUCAAGAACAGAAAAAGCGCUUCUGCACCCGCUGAUCGACGAGAGUGCUUCUUGCUUUCACCUCAGAAGCGCUUCCCGGUGAACCAGGGCUGCGGCUCCAAGUAUCUGUCGCUCAAGCCCCAGGAGGAACCGCGAAAGGUCAAGUUUGACUAUGACCUCUUCCUACACCUGGAGGGGCAGCCACCCGUGAAUCACCUGCGCUGCGAGAAGCUCACGUUCAGCAACCCGCCCAGUGACUUCCGCAGGCGACUGCUCAAGGCUGGCGGGAUGAUGGUGUCACCUGACGGCAUGGCAGUGCUCUCUGCACCUCCCGAGGUGCCGUCAUCCAGCCACCUGGAACACAGGAAGCCUCCCGCCUCGCUGCAUGUCAAGGAUUUCAGCAAGCCGAUCGCUUCCCUGAAACCGCCCAAGCCCUUCAAGGGCCACAAGGAGAAGCCAUCGGAGAGCAAGGAUUACAAAGCGCCAGCCCCCAGCGAUGGCCCCUCCAGGGAAAGCGCCAAGAAGGCGGCAACCGCCAGGCUGCACAAGCCCCGGGACGAGCCGCAGCCGCCACCCCCGGCCACUCCGCUGCCCAAAGCCCCCUCCAAGGAGCCCAAGGCCUUGUCGAAGAGGGACCGGUCGGACGCCAGCGAAGUGGCGGAACCGACGCCCGUCGCCGCGGAGAGCCGCGAGCCAAAGCCGGCGCCAAAGCGCUCGCGCACGACCCUCGACGACAAACUGGACGCGAAGAGAGCGAAGAAGCCGCCCACGGACGUGUCGUCCAGGCAGUGGGCAUCAGUCUCGUCCUCGUCCUCUUCUUCCUCGUCGUCGUCAUCUUCCUCCGCUUCGUCUGCCUCCGCUGUUACUGUCCCAGCUGCUACCGCCUCUGCCUCCGCCGCCGCUGCGGAGAAGGCGGUGCCCAAGGAGAGGCCCUCGAAGGGUGGAGACAUGGAUGGCGUGCGGGCGAAGGGUAAGAUGACGGCGGCGGCACCGGCAGCGCCGGCGGCAGCGCCGGCGGCAGUCCCGGUGGCAGUACCGGCGGCCAUUGCGCCGGUUCCCGCCGAGGAGCGAGCGCGGGACAAGACGUGGCGCAAGAAACACGAGGAUGUGGGCCCGGCCAGCAAACCGCACGGCAAAUCGCACAGCAGGCUCAGAGACAAGACGGCGCCGGCAGACAGGGAGCCGCCCGCGGAGCGGAUAUCCAAGGCCAAGGACAAACUGAAUUCCACUGCCGCCGCCGCCGCCACCACGACCACCGCCGCAGCCAUCUCUGACCGACAGCAACCAGACAGAGGCGUUCCCAAGGACAGAGAUGGCAGGGUGGAGGUGACGCCAAACGCCAAGGCUCAUAGGAAGGCGGACAAGGAGGUGGUGGUGACGGAGAGGAAGGUGGCGCCGCCGGUGGUGGUGCCGCCGGCACUGUCGCCGCCGGGCGACGUGCUGGACCCAGGAGACUCGGACGACGAGCUGUCGCUAGCGACCGACGAAAGGCCUGCGAGCGUAGCCAGUGGCGCGUCCUCCAUAUCGCAUGGAGCUGCUCCUGAACCAGCCCAGUCGGAGCGUUCGUUUCCGGAGCCACUCAGCGUCAGCCCCAGCGAGGACGAACAGGAGCCGCCCUCCGCGCCUAAAAGUUCCAGGUCCAGCGAGCUCAGCGACAGCGAGCACAGCUCAGACGCGUCGCCCGCACCGCCCAUCCUCCGCCACGCCAACAAGGCCUACAUGGAGGAGCUGGUACGGCUGCACCGCAGGCUCAUGAUGCUGCGUGAGAGGAGCACCUUGCAGCAGGUGGUGAAUCUCAUCGAAGAGACGGGACACUUCCAGGUGACGAGCACCACCUUCGACUUCGACCUCUUCUCCCUCGACCAGGCCAUCGUGCGCAAGCUGCAGAGCUACUUGGGUCCCACCGAGGCCGUGUGACCCUCGACCCCCCCCCUCAUUACCCCAGCCCCCCACUCUGACCCCUCCCGCUCCCUCGCCCGCGUGAGGCCGCCCCGAGAGGUCACCGUUGCCUCUGUUCCACUGGGCAACCGAGCCAGCCCUGUCCGUGGCUCACGAGGCACCAGGUCAUUUUUCCACUGCAGAAUCCGAGCCGCGCAUCUUGCGUCGCGUACAAGACACGCUUUGUAAAUGACGCCGUGACCUCGCAGCGUGUACCAGCUCACGCAACGCUGAACCUGGCCCCGCUUGGCCACCCCCCCGAGCCUGAUCCAGAUGUCCUAAGGCUAGCGUAUCGCAGUUCGCUCAUGGCUCGGUGCGCCAAAUUGCUGGUGGAAACCCUUCCCGUGCCGUGAGGGCCCCCCCCCCCCCCGCGCGCUGGCUCGGCUCGGAUGUGCCGCUGGAAAUUGGGGUACAAAUUACCACUCUUGGUUCCAGUUUUUGAAACGAAUACAAUUCUGCCUUUGGCUCUUGGGGUCUCAAACGGUGCGCGCAGGCGGUUUAAUAGAACACUUGCAAUGCUGGCGGGAGUUACUUCGUCGAAGCUGCUGCCACCAGAUGGCAGCAUGGGAGAGAGAGCGAGCGUUAGGAUGUUAAGAAUGCUACGAAUAAGCAAGGAUGGAGCUGUGCACACGAUACACUUCCACCGAUGACCAAAUCGAUGUCGGGUUGAGCCUGGACCAUCGUACUUGGACGGGUGACCAUCAUGCACAACGGUCAGCAAGGGCAGUGCGGCAAAAUGCGUCGAACUGUACUUUCGUGCUCUCGCCUCUACGCGCCGCCCGCCUUCUGAAAACGACGCUGGAUCAGCGUCGUGAAGUAUGACCAAAUUGCCCCCAAGAUCCGCACAAUAACCGGCUGUUACACGCUGCUUCUCAUGCUACCAUCUGGUAGCAGAAGCUCUGGUGAAGUGACUUCUGCUAGCAGUAUGUUGGUAAUCGUGUGGAUUUUUCCCUACAGAUUUGCCAACGUGAGUUUAGAAUAUUUGGCUGCUAUAAAUUCCCACGUGAUGACAAGCCACUUGGUUGAGCUAUAAUUUGUGGCCAGGUCGCUUCUGAACAAUAGCUACACAGCUCAGUGGGUCUUGCCUGGUAACAUAAUAAAUUGUUUAGGUGAGUUCAUAGCGGUCGCCUUCCAAAUUGCCGCCUCGCCCGCAACGCGUCACCUGCGUGCGGGACAAGGUGAGGCGAAGAGUUUAAUUUGCCAUGUUGGCAGAAGCUCCGGUGAAGUAACUACCGCCAGCAUUGCAAUGUUCACAGCGAUCGCCCCCCCCUCCGUUUUUCCAGUCAACCGGGUCGCCUGCAACGCGUCACCUCCGUGCGGACAAGGUGAUGGGGUCAAAAGUUGUUUUUUUAUUUCCUCUUCAAAACCGGAGCCGGGCGGUGAGAUGAUCCCCUACGGGCUCGGGAGCUCUUAUUUAUUUAGUUUCGUUUUUUUUUUGUCAACGAUGUUUGUAGCCGUGUGCGUGCGUGCGUGCGGUUUGCACAGCCCGUGUCUGCAUGCGGGGGCGAGGGGGGCGACAUGUUCGUCAGCUAUACCCUCGAUCCCCCCCCCCACCUACUCCACCCACCCCCCCCCCCGGGUAAAAGUUAAGCGGGCCGCAUUUAUUUUCUGACGCGCGUGUCGAGCGGUGGGGUUCUUUUGAUUUCAGCUGUAGCCGUGUUGUGUUUUCGCCGUUCAAAGAGAAAACUGAAUCGUGUAGACUUAUUUAAAGGGCUCUGUGCCAACGCUGCGGGCACGUGUUCCGAAAGGCACCCCCCCCCCCCACCAUCCCCCCCGCGCUGCCCUUGCCGCGGGGGGUACCGGCGAACGCCCGGUGAGUGGAGCACUGCACGCGCGCCCUUGUCCUGUGCAAUACGGAGCAGACCUGUGUGCGAGACGGAGAGAGGCACGCCGCCAGCCCCUUCCAAAUCGAGCCCCAGAAACGAAUCGCCGUCGCCCGUCCGCGUCUCCCGCAAAGUGCCCGAGUUGACACUUUCGGGCUGCGAACGAGGCUGCAGCGCAUUUGACUCGCUCAGUUGCGGGAGGUGGUGGGUUUCAACGUAAAUGCAGGGCGUGACGCGCGUUCCGCUGAUUGGAAAGCCCUCGGCGGCGCCCCGCACGCCAAAUUGAAAUUAAAAACGAAGCGAGCGCACGCAUACAUGGGCGGUGGAAUUGGGUGGCAGUUAAGUGUACUCCUGUGUAGGCUUUUGGCGGUUGUGCCGCCGCGGCUCUGCGAUGUGUUUCUUAGGCGAGUUCGACCGAGUGUUGUUCGUCGCGGUGUUCCGACUCUUUUUUUGGAACUGAAAUGAAGAUGCUCUCCCGGCCGGUGAAGCAAAACGUCGGACGCUUCGCGCGGUACAAACCGAAAACGCAUCCGAGAGCUUAACAGCACGCCCGCGAAAGUCUACGCAGUUGUUUGUGAACUCGGAUCUGUCCGUCGUGCUUGCAGCAGGGGGCGUUGCGCCGUUACAAUGUCGUCCCCAUCCACGCCAUCCCCGCCGUGGGCAGGGAUGGCCACAGGUGUAGGAAGCAUAGUCGAGGCUGAUCCUACAUAAGGUGUACAUAGUUUAAUUUAUAUCUGCUGAAGACGAUGUUAAACAAACAAAAAAAACCCGAGGCACGCGUACGGCUGGGCGGUCCAGCUUGUCCGCGUAGCCGCGGGCUAAGCGUAGCCUCGCUGAGCUUUGCUGUCUGUUGCCGCAAGCGCAUUGUGUUUUUGGGCAAACGGAUCUGUUGUGCAGACGAGUUUAUUUUUUUUGGUGUUUGGGAAUUCUGGGGUUCCUGAGCGAUUCUUGGCGGGGAAUUCUAAGUUUCCCACAGAAUGAUGCGUUUUGUUAUUUUGCUUUUCCACGUUUUUUUGUUGUCUUCUCUUGGUUCGUUCUUUUUACAACGUCUCAAAGUGAAACUUGUGUCACAGCUGAGAGUUACUAAUGUUUGGUGUCGCGUAUACAGGUAUCAUUUCUGGGUUCAACGCUGUGUGCACGGGAGAAACCCUGGCAACCCUCCUCGUGUUACGCCCUUACUGCAGACAAUUAGGUGACUGGCUCAUGUGAAUUACUUUUAAUUUAACUAUGACAAAUGGAAACACUGCUCCACGCGUACCACGACAAAAUAAGAAGAAAAUCUCCAUUAACAAAUAGCCAAUGGGCGGUGCGUCGUCUCCAUUGGCUGCCGUGAAUCCAUGCCGCAACAAAGUCCACGUUCCUUUCACAAGGACCAGUCUCAAUUUUGGCUAUGAUGGAAUUACAAUAGGGGCAUCCCACUGUGUUAUGAUGCUCAUAGGACUGACAUCUAAUGACGUCUUCUUCAUCUUACUCAUUAAGAAUGUUUAAUAAUCACGCACACUUACCUACUCAUCUGCUGUGAUAAGCCGGGGAGAAUGUUUAAUAAUCACGCACACUUACCUACUAAUAUCUGCUGUAAUAAGUCGGGGGUCGAGUGGUGGUGCCGGGGGUCGAGUGGUGCUGCCGUGGCUCGCGUGCUACGCGAUGGACCUGGCUACCUGCCACGGCUCUCAUCAGUGGCAUGUGACAUUCUGGACCCCCACGACACAUUCGUCAAUAACACUGUGGCCUUAAAAUAAAAUUAAAAAAUAUAUAAAACUGCCAACGUUUCGGUAACGAGACGUGGCAGUGUUGAAAUAUUUAAAAAUCUUAACUAUUUUUAUUUUUACCAUGUGAGGCCCACUUUUUCAGAAGCGACCUCGCCACAAACGAAGUGGCUUAUGUACAAAUUUGGAGCAGCAAAAUGCUGUUCAGCGCGUGUUUCUAAAUGUGGAGGGAAAACCCAUAGGACAAAUCCACCCGACCACGGGGAGAACAUGCAAACUCUUAAAUAUACAGCAGGCGUCAGAUUCGCAUGACAGGGCGAGGGAGUUAACAUCUCGCCACUGCAACCAGUCGCAGUGUUGUUGACGAGCGCGUCGAGAGGAUGUGUUGGUUGUGCUUGUGCGCCACUGCGUGGUUCUACAAACCCCACGGACAGACACCAUGUGAGGCUUCACCCAGCGGUGGACAAAGGACUCAACGUUUUACGAUUAAGGAACACUUCACCGGACCGUGUGAUUAAAAAAAAAAUUGCAAUAAGUUUCGUUGCAUUAAACAAGCCGGUCUCACAGCGGGGAAAACCGGGAUAAAGGUUUAUUAUAGCCUCAAGGUAUGUCUGAACAACUCUGAACUUAGUUUAAACGAGCUCAAAUUAUUCCGAAAUUAUUAUUAUCAUUGCGGAUUAUGCCCGAAACGAAGAGCGUCACGAGGUACGCACAACUUGUAAAACGAACGCAAAUCCGGGGACAGGUCUGGGCCAUAAUGCAGUGGAGUUGCCCCAGCACCGUUCAUCCCGGUUGGCUACGCACAGUGCGAAAUAAGUUUCGGCGGACGUGUGCGCCCUUCCAUCCAUCACCAGCACGGUGACACGUUGACAAUGAAGGGGAGCACGAGAGGAAAACGUUGCGUUUCGUCCGGGUUGGCCGGAAAACGCGCGCGGGCGCUGCCGUGUUUGCGCGCGCCUGGCACGCGUCUCGCUGUUAGUGCCACACUUGACUUCCAGAGCGAAGUUGCAUUAUUUAUAUCCCCCCCUCCCUCCCCCUGCCACUUACGGCUGUCAAGCAAAGAGAAUUUUGCAAAUAGAUUGCCGCGAUGAAUCAACGUGGUAUUGUAACGUCUCAACGGUUUUGCUUUUAUUCCCACCCCUCUUUAAUUUGAUGCGCCCUUUGGCAACGCGGCAGGAGGUAAAUCUCUUCAUUACUUUAUUCCAUUUCACCUGUGCGUGGGUGCUACCGCUGUUCGCUGUACAUUUUUUUUUAAUAUCCCCUAAGAGGACGUACAGUAGAUGUGCAUGCGCCCAGGUGUUUUGCCGUCAAUGCCACCAUCAGUGUCGUGGCAAAAAAAAAAUAGUGAUUCCGUGUGCCAUGACUCCUGCUAGGUACGUCUGCGCGUCCCUGUCACGAUGGCACUUUAUUUAACACCGGUUUUGCGUCUCUCCCUUAACCCCACGAUGUCCAUCACUGCCAUCACCGCCGCCAUCACAUCAUCGUCGCUGCCACCACCACCACCACCACCUCUCCUCCUCAGCCAAGACGCACGGUCUCUGCAGAGCAUUCCAAUCGUGUCCGUGCCGAUCGGUCCAUUUAAAACGCCGGUCAAUUUCAGUUCUCGAUUUGAUCGUGUGAAAUACGGAAAAGUUUAAAAUAAUGUAAAAGUGCAAUUCUUUGACAAUCCUUUGCGGUCGUUAUUCCUACAGUUGUACAACCAUUCGAUUUAAUUUUUUAAACAAAGUAUAUCUAUAUACACUGUAAUGUAUGUAUGGAACAUGCAGCGUCGUGUUGUUUAUAAAUGGUGGUAUCACAGCA